AUGCCUGGGGCUGGGGCGGCAUCGCCGGCUUUUGGCUCCGCCUGGCCCGAGCCCGGUCCCAGCCCCGACGCAGGGUCCAGUCCCGGCCCCGGCCCCGGCCCCGGUCCCGGCUCCUCCCGGGGCCCGCGGAGGACACAGGCGGCGCAGCCGCUCCCGCCGCCUCCGCUGCGGCUUCCCCGGCCCGAGCUCCGCCGCUCGGCAGCGCAGCCGCCGGGGCGGGUGGGGAUGCCCGGCCCGGGGCGGGCGCAGGAGGCCCUGCAGGAGCGCUACCGCCUGGGUUCCCUGCUGGGGCGCGGCGGAUUCGGCAGCGUCUGCUCGGCGACGCGGCUCUCGGACGGCGCCCCGGUGGCCAUCAAACGCGUGCCGCGGGAUCGCAUCCGGCACUGGGGCGAGCUGCCCGACGGCACCAGCGCGCCCCUGGAGAUCGUGCUGCUGGCCAAGGUGUCCUGUGGGUGUGCUGGUGUCAUUCAGCUGCUGGAGUGGCUUGAGCUCCCCGACAGCUUCUUGCUGGUGAUGGAGCGUCCAGAGCGGUGCCAGGAGCUCUCGGAUUUCCUGGUGGAGCGGAGGUUCCUGCCGGAGGAGGAGGCGCGGGGGCUGUUCCGCCAGGUGCUGGAGGCCGUGCAGCACUGCACCAGCUGCGGGGUCCUGCACAGGGACAUCAAGCCCGAGAACAUCCUGCUCGACCUGGCCAGUGGGCAGCUGAAACUGAUUGACUUUGGCUGUGGCGCCUUCCUCCAAGACACAGCCUACACCCAGUUUGCAGGAACCCUGGCCUACAGCCCUCCAGAGUGGACCCAGCACCAAAGCUACCAUGGCGAGGCAGCAACGAUCUGGUCCCUGGGCCUCCUGCUGUACCAGCUGGUCGUGGGGAAGCACCCGUUCAGGAGGGGCCAGGAGAUCAUCUGGGGGCGCAUCUUGUUCCCAGCACGGCUCUCUCAAGAGUGCCAAGAUGUCAUUAAGAGGUGUUUGUCCAUGCAGCCCUCGGACAGGCCAUCAUUAGAAGAGCUUUUCUGCCAUCCUUGGGUGCAGGGUGCUCCUCGGCCCUAGAAGAUGGGAGAGAUCCAUGUGCACAGUUGGAUCCAGGGGCCUGGCAGGGAAGGAGAAGGAGCUCCUGGAGAAGCUGUACCAGGUGGGGCUGCUGCUGGAGACAGCAAGGACAACCUCAAGGACGACAGUCUCUUCCUUGGCCUGGCCAGCUGAAGAAGAUGGACUUGGAUUCUGGCACCUUCUCUGAAGACACACUCCACACCCAAUUUGCAGCCGGGCUCUGCGGGUGCUGAGGCUGCUCUGGGCUCUGCCAGGGCUCUGCUGGGCUCAGCCCUGGGCACAGCUGGGCUGGCUCUGCCCUCACAUUGCUCUGACAGCUUUGCAUCAGACAAGCCCGUUCCGAGCACAGCGCCUGAGCUUUCUGCUUUGGCAGAGGUGCCACAAGUGGGCCAAAGCUGGCGAGUGGGCCGUGUCCCUGAGGCAGUGCAGUCUGGAGCUGAUGGAUGGAGAAUUGCCUUUCUGCACUCCCAAACCAGAGGAAAAAUCUAAAACAUGCUGUAAAAAAAGAGUGUCCUUUGCUCCUGGUUCCCAUGCGGAGCAGCUCCCUUCCUGCUGGCUGAGCUGCUCAGGCAGAGCCCGGCAGCUCCUGGCCAUGCAGGGCUGAGGCUUUUCCCCACUGCUGGGCACAGACUGAUGGAGCAGCACUGCUGAACACGGGCACACCCAGAGGGACCAAGAGCAGCUGCCUUUGCCCACCUGAGGCUCCAAGGCCCAAACUCUGAGCAGCCAGGGCUGGAAGAGACUCGCAGGCUCCCUGGUGGCUGUGCUGCCCCACUUGUGCCCGGCCCAGCUCUGCAUGAGGCAGAGGGAGAACAAGGGGCAGCUCCCUCUCAGCCCAGCCCAGGGACCCCUGCAGCCCCAGGGCUUGGGGCACUGUCAGCACCUGCUGCUCCAGCCACCACUCCUGCUGACCCUGACAGCAACACCCAAACUGGGGCUGAUCCCAAGGGAGCAGCAGCAGGGCCUGGAUCUGAUCCCUGACUCUGGGCCAGGGCUGGACAAAUGACCCCACAGCAGCAGCAGCACAUGGAGCUGACAUUCAGCACAGCCCUUGCCACUCUUCCCUCCCGUGUGCAGUGGUGUCACAGCAGCCUGAGGCACCUGGGAGCCCCCAGUGCCAGCAGGGACUUGAGAUGGCAGCCCUGGGCUCCUGGAGGUUGUGCAAGGAAUGCAGCUGGGAACUCCCUGUCCAUGGGGAGCUUCCAGAUGGAAAGGGCUGCUGUGUCCAGGCAGCUCCAAGGGCAGAGAAAGGAGGGUCUCGACCACUGGAUCUGUGCCAGUCUUACAGUCCUGGGCAGCAGCCACUGAGCCCUGGGGGAGCAGAGGGCACAGCAAGAGGGACAAAGCCAGGCAAGGUCAGAGACUGGAGAGAGCCAGACCUGGGAGCAGGAACAGCUGCUCCAUUGCACUCUUGGAGAAAGCUCUUGGCUGGUUUAAAGCACUGAACAGCAUGAAGUGCAGAGAGGAGGCCACAGCAAACAAUGCUCCUGUUUCCACACCCUCUCCUCUCUGUGUCCCAGAAGAAACUGGACUGUAUUCAUCUCUCCGAGUCGUCUCAUUCAACAUGAGCAGCUUAGCACCAGGAGCUGAAGGAACUGCCACCAUAGGCCACAGGAGCUGAGCAAGAGGGAACUUUUGGAGCAAAGUAAUGCUGCUCAAAUAGACCUAGCUGAAUGCAGCAGAUAUACUAAUGGAAUCACAGCAUCCUUUCUGUUGGAAAAGACCUCUGAGCUCAUCAAGUCCAGCCGGUCACCCAGCAGUGCCAAGCCCAGCACUAAACCACGUCCCUGAAGUGCCAAGGCCUGAACAGCAGGCCCUGAGCCAAAGGUGACUUCUGGAUGAACCUUCCAACCAAAGGUUAUCUUUGUAUCUGCUCACUGAUGAAAUAUGCAUGGCCAUUAGCACUGUGAUAGAUGUAGCCACUCCUUAGUGACACACGUAUUGAUCUUUUUGUAUUGGCAAGCCAGACAAGGCCAUGAAAUCUGACAUCUGGCCUUGUUUAGGGAUGAAGGAUCAAAGUCAGCUCCUUUGGUUCCUCCUUGAGCCCUGGCCAGGCUUUGGGAGGAACCCAAGAGGAGGAUGAAAGCAGAUGUUCCCACACUAGAAGUGCUGUCAGUUUGUUCAUUCAGAACUGUCAGAGCUGGGCCCUCUCACAGCGAGGUUGGAGCCUCAGCUGUGGCUGGAGGCACCUGCAGGAAUUCCCAGUGUCCAGGAGUGGCUCUGCAGUCCUUGGCUAUGACAGCUUCCCCCUGCUGCUGUGUGGAUCUGGGGGAUGGUGAAGUCUGAGGGACACUGGUGCUGGAUCUUUCUUAAUCACUGCUGCAAUCUUUGGUGCUGAUGAUUGGGUGCAUUGCUGAGCUGCUCCUUUUGUGAUUCUUUGCUGCUUUGAGCUGCAGUAAAUGACACUGAUUCCUUCAGUUGGAGUCUGUGUCUUUGGUGCUGACCCUGCCCACUGGUAAAACAAAACUGGCAGAGUCUGGCCAGAUCACAGCAAAAUGUCACUUGUUAAAUGUAAAUGUGAGGAAUCAGUGGCAUCAGAAAUUCCCAGAUGGGAAGCCCUUCCCUGGAGUUGGCUGGCUCUGGAGUGGGCUGAGGUCGCAGCACUGUGUGAGCAGUGGGGCAGUUGGUUAAAAGAAGCUGAACCCCUGGAUGUCUUAAAAUGUAUCCAAAAAUUGCAUAUGGAAAAGGAAAAGAACUUGUGGGUUUGGGCAGACAAAGAUGAAUUUGUUAACAGUACAUUGAAAACAGCACCUUCAGAAGGAACAAUUCUUGUUGGAAUGCUCCCACAUGGAGCAACAGAAGAAGGUUUUAAUCUUGAGCUCCGAUGCAUUUGUGCAAGUGAAAUAUUAAUAUCAUAAAUAACUAUGUACAUAUUUAUAGUAUAAUCAGGGCUUAAUAUAUAUUGAUAUAUAUUGAUAUAUAUUUUAUAUGUAUGUCUAUACCUAUCUAGCUAUAUCUAUAUUUCUAUAUCGAUAUUUAUAUCUACGUAUAAAAUUGUAAUAAUGUGAAAUAGUGCUGACAAUACUAAUUUGGUAGCUUUGGCUGCUCAGGGAUGUAACUCUAAAUACUCUACAGAAAAGGAUUGGCCAGGACCCUAAUGUCAGAGGUAAACUUUGUGAGAUUGUAUACAAUGAAAAAAGGAGGAGGGGAUGAAAUUGGCUAUUUUUACAGGGUUUGCUGAUGCUGUGAUUCAGAGUGCUUUGUCUGUUACUGUGGAAAAUACCGUGAUUAAGACUGCUGGGUUUUUCAUGUAACAGACUAUCCUCAAGCUGCAGGAUUUGUUGAACAGGUGAAGGGGUUGUUAAAAGAGCAGUUGAAAAAAUGAGGAGAUGGGAACCUGUCCCCAUGGAGAACCCAUCUCCCAGAUGUGCUCCAUACCCUUAACAAUGGCCCACUGGGGAAAUGGAAACCCCCUGCCUGUGCACAGCUGCACCCAAUUUGCAACUACAACCAUGAACGGUGAGGCUUGCACUGCCUGGGAAAUUGUUGUGGGUGUGAUGGCCCCUGGCAGGGCCAGCCCAGAGGCUGCAGGGCUGGACCUUCAUGCAUUGCCAUUAAUUAGGAUAAAUCCAAAGCAAAUGAAAGCUAUCUAUAGUGAGACAGGAAUUCUGAUUCCUCCAGGACACCUUGGUUUGGUAACUGCUCAUUUGGAGCUUGGCCUUGCAAAAUGUUCAUGUCAUGGCAGGAGGAAAGGAGGAAUUGAUGCUGAAUAUAAAGGAGAAAUUACAGUAAUUCUGUUAAACAAUUGUCAAUAAGAUUGGGUUAUUCAACCCCAUGACAGGGUAGCACGAUUAUUGAUAUUGCAAUUUUAAGCACGAUUGUGAAAAAAGGAGAUCCACCUCCAGUCAUUACCAUUUGUGGAGAUAAAGGGUUUGGAUGCAGCAGUCCUAACAAUGGAGCCAGAGUGUGGGCCCGGAGGCCAAAAGGCCCUCCUGAGGCAGCUGAAGGAACAGCUCCUAGGAAAGACAACAUUGAAUCCUGAAACCUGGCCAGGAACAAUGGGAAUAUGUCCCUGCAGCCAAGUAUUCUGUGUGAGAACAAGUAGGUAUUACAGGAUACUGUUUUACACAUCCUGCCAGACCAAAUCUCCCUGUUUGCCCCAAUGGCCCCUUUGGAAAAUGCUCUGAUCCACGGGGCUCCAUGUGGAGGCUGCUGUGACACUGAGGGACUUGCACACAAAUUCCAUCUAGGAGCCUGGGUGCCCUCAGGGACUGGGACCCGGCCCCCUUCCAGCCCAAGGGGAAAAGGCCCCACCAAGCCUUGUUAGCCACAGACACCGUGCUAAAGCUGAACAGCAAAGGACCUUGGGGGCAUUAUUCUGAAAUUAACACGGUGCCACCUCCAUGGACGACCGAAUUAUUGUUCCUAACCCAAAUGAGACCGAGGAAAAAGAAUGAAUAACCGUGUCACUGAAGUACUGCUGAUGUCUGCAAGUUGUAUCUUGAUAGUCAGCCAGAAUCUUUGUUUGCCACAAACACCUUUAGAGUUUCACCAAGGAUUAGUCAUUAAAUUCUUGAGAAUGCUAAGAUCAAAGUAUCCAAAAUACUCAAUGUAAUUAAUUCCUGGAUAUGCUCUCAACCAAUGUUGGGAGGAAUGGGGCUCCCUUGGAGGGCCCAGGGAAGAGCCCUGCAUCCAUCAGCAGCCCACAGUGGGAAACAGGAAAUCAGACCUUUGGUACUGAGAAUGGAAGCUGCUGGCUGUGUGGAGACUGCCCAUAAAUAGCUUCCUAAAGGAUGGUUUGGGUCCUGUUUCCAGGCAAUGCUGAUGCCUCCCUUGAGGGUCCUUCAGCAACAAUCACAAGGAAGAGUUGGGGCCAAGAGAACAUUUUCCACCCAAGGGGUGCAUUUGGUCUCAGAAAACCAAAAGAUUCUGGUUCAACCUGUGUCCCAUGUGUACUACCCCAUUCUGCAGAUUUUACAGUAAUGAGCUAAAUCAAUUAUUAGAAGAAAUAGCAAAUGCUGCUGUUAAAAUGUCCAAUCUCACAUCCCAGGAGCUCCAACAAACACAAAUGGGGCUCUACAGAAACACACAGACUGGGAUUAUCUGCUUGCUGGCCAGCGAGGAACCUGGGCUCUCAUGGGACAGGAAUGUUGCACUGCUCUCAGUGAUGGGUUUGAAGGCCAACAGUCAGGAAUCAGCUUGACAGAAAAGGCAGUAGAAGAGUGGCAGAAAGAAGAAAAUUUUUCUUGGUGGCAUUGGCUUCAUGGCUGCCAAAUUGGAGGCUACUGUGAAAUUAAUUUUUGGCAGUGUCGCGUCAUUGCAAUAUGAGCACUUGGUGUGUUAUGAUUUCAUUUUAGAGUUGUUGUGGCACUUUGUGCUGGAAACGGAGUACUGAGUCUUGUCUAAAAAGAGACACAGUCUCAAGAAAAAAGGGACAUUUGAUAAAAUAAUGGAGAAUAGCAACUAAUUAGGGAUGUUUUAAAUGGAAGGCAAAUUAUAGCUCUGAGUAAUGAACUUGAACAACACUUAAUUGAAGAACAAGAGCUGAUGUCUUUAUGCCUAAUAGCUAAAUCUAAACUCUGUUAUCCAAAGAAUUGUUAUGAAGGUUGCAGUUCAUCAUCUGUAAGUCAAAGCACUGAUUGAUGUCCGGAGGCCUCAACACCAGGUCCUGUAUGUGGCCUGAACAACAGGCCCUGAGGCAAAGCUGAGCUCUAGAUGAAACUUCCAACCAAAGCUUAUCUUUGUAUCUGCUCAUUAAUGAAUCUUUAUUAGCAAUAUUAUCUCUAUCUGUUCAUUGGUGAAAUGUGGAUUUACCUUUCUGUAUUUAAAAAUCAGACAAGGCCCCAUCUGGCCCUGGCCAGGCUUUGGGAGGAACCCAAGAGGAGGAUGAAACCAGAUGAACCAGAUGUUCCCACACUAGAAGUGCUGUCAGUUUGUUCAUUCAGCACUGUCAGAGCUGGGCCCUCUCACAGCGAGGUUGGAGCCUCAGCUGUGGCUGGAGGCACCUGCAGGAAUUCCCAGUGUCCAGGAGUGGCUCUGCAGCCCUUGGCUGGGACAGCUUCCCCCUGCUGCUGUGUGGAUCUGGGGGAUGGUAAAGGCUGAGCGUAAGUGGUGCUGGAUCUUUCUUAAUCACUGCAGGCAAUCUUUUAUCUUUGGUGCUGAUGAUUGGGUGCAUUUCUGAGCUGCUCCUAUUGUAAUUAUUUUCAAAUAAUUAUGUGCUUUACAUUUGUAAUUUUUGCAGAUUUACCUUAUAUAAAUGACACAAUUCCUUCA